AAUACUUAGGUUGAGAUGGAGGAAGAUACUAUUUAAUUAAUUAUUGUUUUUAAUAUUUUUAUUAAUGUUUUACUUUCCACUGCUUGACCUAAUUGUGCUUAGAAGAUAUCAAUUUGGUGGGAUAUGGUAUUUUCCAAUUUGGCGCCAAAAUGUGUUUUCAUUGCUGUGAAGCCCUGGUCGAAAUGCAUCUUGCAAAAAAGUAGCAAAAAAUGAGUCUAGAAAACCGCGGGGCCUUUAUUGUAUUCGAAGGAUGCGAUCGCAUUGGAAAAACUACACAAUGCCGGCUGUUAGUUGAGCUCCUGAAAUCGAGGGACAUUCCCGUUCUGCCCAUGCAUUUUCCGGAGCGCAGUUCCCACAUUGGCCAGGUGAUAAACUCCUAUCUGACUAACAGCAAGGAUCUGCCGGACGAGGUAAUCCACUUGAUGUUCUCCGCCAAUCGCUGGGAGCACAUGAACCAGAUAAAGCAGAAGCUCCUUGAGGGCAAUACACUGGUGGUGGAUCGAUAUUCCUACUCUGGAGUGGCCUAUAGUGCGGCCAAGGGACUGGAUUUUGACUGGUGUUAUGCCCCGGAAAGGGGGCUCCUGAAACCAGAUGCAGUUUUCUACCUGAGAGCACCCGCAGAUGACCUCACGAAUCGCGGGGAAUACGGCAAGGAGCGUUAUGAGAAAGUGGAAUUCCAGGGGCGUGUGGCAAAGGUUUUCGAUCAGAUUUGCGCCAAGGAGGCCAACUAUUGGCACCAGCUCGAUGCCAGCCAGUCCGCGGAGGAUUUGCAUGCCCAGGUAGCUGACAUUGCAGUGAAACUUGUCCACAGAGUGGCCACACAAGACCUCGAUAAGUUAUAUUAGCAACGAGCCAGGCAUCGCCAUUCAUUAGAGGGGAUUUACCUUGAUUUAUGCAAUACACGAGUGUUUGUUAUAAAUGUUUUUAAA